ACUCUUGCACGCGCACUCAGCCCAGAGCACCAGUAUGCAGGACACAGGAUGACUGUUCAGUACAACCAAGACGUCCUAACCGGUGGCCCUGUAGUAUUUCUCCGUCUUCUAUUAAGAUGGAAGGGCUGUGUUGUGAAGCUUAUUUACGUAGACUUCAUUGUCUUCAUGCUUGCCUAUGCGAUAGUCAGCUGCGUCUACAGGUUCGCACUUACAGCGGAACAGCAGAAGAAUUUCGAGAGUGUGGUGCUGUAUGUGUUCGACUUUCAACAGAUGAUCCCAAUCUCAUUCAUUCUGGGAUUUUACGUGCAACUGGUGUUCUCGAGGUUUUGGCAGCACUUCAACUCAGUGCCGUGGGUCUUUACACCGACCCUGGCGGUGAUUGGCGCCAUCCAGGGCGAGGGCAGGGCAAGGACAAUUAGGCGGACGUGCGUGCGCUACAUGAACGCCAGCUUGAUUAUCGCCUCCUCGCGACUGCACGUCGCUGCAAAGAAACGGUUCCCAACUACGCAGCAUCUUGUUCAGGCAGGUAUACUAACUCAGCGCGAAGGCGAUCUAAUUGAUUCAACAGAUCCUGUUUCGGCUCAACCGUUUCUGCCGUUGGUGUGGACAACUGCAAUUGCUAUGCGGGCUGAGAAGGAUGGACUCAUUCAAAAUCCUCAUGCCUUGGUCAAUCUCAUUCAGGUGGUCAAUAAUUUCCGCGAAUCUCUGCUUCGAUUAUUCCUAAUGGACAAGGUUUGUGUUCCCCUGGUUUAUACUCAGGUGGUUACGUUGGCAGUUUACUCGUACUUCUUGUCGUCCAUCAUUGGUCGCCAAUUUAUUCUGGACUCUUCUGAGUAUUCCAGUCCGUUCAGGAAAGACUACUACGUACCGUUUUACACCAUUCUUGAAUUCAUUGUGUACAUGGGCUGGCUAAAGGUUGCCGAGACCCUGGUCAAUCCAAUGGGUGAAGACGAUGAGGACUUUGACAUCAACAACAUCAUUGACUCCAACUGGAGUUAUGGAAUGCACAUGGUGGACAAGAAGCACCAUCCCACGGAAUUAGUUCGUGACAAAUUCUGGGACUCAAGCAACGUCAUCCUACCCCACACUGCUGGCUCUAAGAAGCUUUUAUCAACACAAAUGACCGGCUCCAUGUACAAUCUUGAGUAA